GGGCGGCGAGGCGGGGCCGUCCCCUCAGCCGCCGCCUUGCCGCCCGGCCGCGCUGCCGCCUCAUGGCGGCCCGCCUCAAGCUGGUGGUGGUGGGCGACGGCAGCUGCGGCAAGACCUCGCUGCUGCUGGUCUACGCCGAGGGCGCCUUCCCCGAGUGCUACGCCCCGUCCGUGUUCGAGAAGUACAGCACCACGGUCCAGGUGGGCAGCAAGACGGUGGCCCUCGACUUGUACGACACCGCAGGGCAGGAGGAUUAUGAUCGGCUACGGCCACUUUCUUACCAGAAUGCAAAUGUAGUCUUAAUUUGUUAUGAUGUUAUGAGCCCUACCAGCUAUGAUAAUGUUUUAAUUAAGUGGUAUCCUGAAGUCAGUCACUUCUGCCGGGGCGUCCCCUUAGUACUCAUCGGCUGCAAAACAGACCUUCGAAAAGACAAGGAACAUUUACGGAAACUCAGGUCUUCUCAGCAGGAACCCAUCACGUAUACCCAGGGGGAAGCAACCUGUCGCCAAAUGAAUGCAGAAGUUUAUCUGGAGUGUUCAGCUAAAUUUCGUGAAAAUGUAGAGGAUGUUUUUAAAGAAGCAACAACUAUUGCACUGAAUGCCAUAAAAAAAGCCAAGCGCCAAAAGAAACACAAGCGGUGCUCAAUAUUAUGAUCCAGAUCUCUAGGACUGUAAAGAACUUCCAACCAUUUGAACCUGCAUAUUACCAAAUAGUUCAGUGUCAGAGACCAUUUUCAUUACAUUUUUUUUAUUCCUACUUUGGUUCUGUUUUUAAAAAUUGACUUUCCCCAUAAUAUUUUUGCACUUCUGUUGUACUUGUCAUGAAGACUUGAAAGUAUUUUUUCCCUAUUUGUUAAUGGUGGACAUCUGGCUUUUACUCCCAACCGCAAAUGACCAUCAGCCUGCUAUUUUUUAAUUGUGUGCUGGGUGCUUGACUGCUGGUGCUUGUACUGCUUAAAGUUUUUUCUCACCUCGCUCUAAAAAGUAACCCUUGACAUUUACGGCUUUGAUUUAUUGCGACUGUUCACCAACAAACUAAUUUAGAAAGGGUAUUUUUCUCUAAGGAAAAACAAAGUUAGAGCAGACUGCCAAUCACAUUCAGGGAAGACAAAUCAAGUUCUGUUCUGAUGUGUUCGAGUUGUAUUUAUAGCAACUGUAGUAUGAAACCACCUCAAGCAACUUCCCCAACUAUGCAUACAGACAGUUCUACUCUAGCUGUAUUACAAGGGGAGCUCUGCAAAGCUACUGACCUAGAAGUCUCUUUGUCAGCUUUAUGGUAAGGGAUGUGUUCAACACCGUUGGUCAUAGUGUACUCAACGCCAUUCAAAACAACGCAGAAAUGAUCAACCCUGUUAAAGUAGAUACUUAGUCCCCCGAGAGGGAGAUCGUACGUGCAAUAUGGGCAAAACUAGUUUUGCAAUAAACAAGUGCAAUUGACUCCA